AUGCUGCUGUUCUUGUCCUUAUUUCCUUUAUUCGUCCUUGCUCGGGUGCCAUUCCAAGACUCCUUCCAUGCACCCGCUCUUCAGCCCCAAACUGUUCGGCUGAAAUCCAUUUACUACCGCCCUCCGUCGUCUUAUCUUCAGCGUUACGAUGUCAUGACAACGUCCAAUGAGGAAGAGAAUGAAGCGUUGCAAGUGCUCUCAAUGUAUAAACCAGUGUCAAGACCUCGAGGGAUAAACCAGUUGCGUCAACUUGGCGAUCAAGGCAAGCUUAUGCGUUGGCCAUCGAUUGCCACGUAUGAUACCAUGGCCUUCGAUACAGUAUGGGGACCCGUACCCGAUAUUAGUCAUCGUCCUUCAGUGCUCGCAUUAGCCAUCAUGACCAACAAUGCAUAUACGUCAGUGAAUGAAAGCAAUGGCCCUGAUUGGUAUGAACUAGGACCUCCUUGGGAUGUGAACUCAACCUUUGGCUGGGAUUCGGAUGGUAUCCGGGGACAUGUAUUUGCCAACGCCGAUGAUUCACUUCUCAUCAUCUCCUUCAAAGGCACAAGUGCUGGUCUUUUCACUGGGGGUCCCACAGGUGACAAGGAUAAACAAAAUGAUAAUUUGCUCUUUUCUUGCUGCUGUGGACGCAUCAGCCGAGCAUGGCACGCUUAUUGCGAUUGUUUUGUUGGCAACACCUAUCAAUGCGACGCAAGAUGUUUGGGAGAAACAUUAAUCAAGGAAGAGCUAUACUAUGACCAUGCAAUGGAAAUUUACAAGGACAUAAGCGACCGAUAUCCUGAAUCGACUGUUUGGCUUACUGGACAUUCGCUUGGUGGGGCCCUAGCCAGCAUGGUUGGUCAAACAUUUGGUGUACCCACUGUCACUUUUGAAAGUCCUGGAGAUGAACUUCCCUCUCGGCGCUUGCAUUUGCCACGCGCACCUGGCAUUGAUUUACCCAUAUGGCACUUUGGGCAUACCGGUGAUCCUAUCUUUGUUGGUGUUUGCACGGGUCCUAUGAGUAGUUGUUGGUAUGGUGGGUUUGCCAUGGAGACGCGAUGUCAUACGGGCAAGAUUUGUGUGUGGGAUACUGUGAAUGACCAUGAUUGGCGAGUGGAUAUUCGAUCGCAUCGUGUACAAGAUGUUAUUGAAAACAUUCUCAAGAAACCUGAUGAGUUUGAUAUGCCCAAUUGUGAACCGGAGCAAGAAGACUGCCAAGAUUGUGGAUUAUGGAACUUUUUUGAUGAUCGUGAUUAG